AAUGCUGUUGACAAUGUAAAAUGUAUAUCUAAAAGAGAUGUAUACCUUAUUUGUAAGAUAUUCAUAACCUUUUUGUUAUAUUAUUUCUUUCUGCAAUGUAUCUCUUGGGUUAGAAAGAGCCAAAGUAUUUUAUCAUUCAAUGAAAAGACAUUUCAUAUCAUUGUGAAUUAUUUCAAAUUAUUUUAAAUGCUUGAUGUAUCAAAAAUAGAUACUUGGGAAUAUUCUGUCUUAUUUAAUAGAGCUUAUCUAACAACUGGGAUCCCAGAAAAAGAAGAGAUGUCUAUAGCAGGGGAAGAAUCCAUCUACCAGAAUUUUAAAAUUAAUUGUGAUUUAUCCACUGGUCCAUUUGACAAAUAUUUAUGGAGCAUCUACUAUGAGCCAAGGAUUAUUUGGGGGGUGCAGAAUGAACAAAACAAAGUUCUAGUAUUUAUGGAUGACAUAGGAAAGAAAUAAAUAUGUACAUCCAUGCUAUGACAAAUGAUAAAUGUUAGUAAGAAAAAAACAGGGCAAGAGAUGUAAAAGUACCUUCAUAUGCAUUUUCCUAUGACUGAAAAAUUUACUGGCCAGUAUUAUGGUUUUUACUGGCUGAGCUAUAUCAAGCAUUUGAAAGUAACUCGAGGGCAAAGAAUAUUGCUGAUACUUUUUUAAAAAUCACAUGGCUAUGUGUCCUUAAUUUUACAAGAUGAAUGAUCAUUAUGCCUUCUUUCACUUCUCAGUUUUCCUCAGAGCACUUCUAUCCAGAAUAUUGGUUUAGAAGGUCAGGGGCAUGUCUGGAUUGUUUACUGGUGUAUUUUCAGAACCAGGGACACAGAUAUCAAUUAUACUUCUUUGAAUGAAGAAAUAAAAAUUAUAAUUGCAUGAUUUAGUUAUUACAUAUUCUCCCCAAUUUCCAAACUUCUAAAAGUUAGAUAAAGACAUUGUAGCAAUUCAUUUCCAAGCAAAAGUAACGCAUGGUGGCGCUGCAGGCUAAUGCUUUAAAAGAAAGAAACGCCAAUAAAUGCUAGGAACUCUACUUCAGAUCCCCAGUUAAAAAAGAAAAGCCUGUAUGCAGAGCCGGACCAGUAAGUCUCCAGAGAAUGCUGCUUACCUACCUUUCCAGACAGGUUAUCAACUAAAAGAUCGACCAGUGUCUCAGUUCCAUUGCUCCAUAAGGUACUGCUGACCCCUGUUCUUGUAAAGGUGUGUGCAGAAGUAAAGAUGGAGUCCGGAAGGGUGCGCAAACAAAGGCAAGUUCUGAUUCUCUUUCUCUUAUCCGGAGUGGCUCAGGCAGGCUGGGGACUCCGACGCUAUUUUGUGAUGGAGGAAACUGAGAGCGGCUCUUUUGUGGCUGACCUGGCCAAGGAUCUAGAACUAGGAAUAGGGGAGCUAGCUGCACGGGGAGCCCGGGUGGCCUCUGAGGAUAACGAACCACGUUUGCAGCUGGAUCUGCAGACCGGGAAGUUGAUAUUAAAUGAAAAAUUAGACCGGGAGCAGCUUUGCGGCCCCACCGAGCCCUGUGUAAUGCAUUUCCAAGUGUUACUGAAUAAACCUCUGGAGGUAUUUCGAGCUGAGCUCCUGGUGGGAGACAUAAAUGAUCAUUCUCCUGAGUUUUCUGAAAGAGAAAUGAUCCUAAAAAUCCUAGAGAAUAGCCCCCCUGGUACUGUUUUUCCUCUGAAGAAAGCUCAGGACUUGGACGUGGGCAACAACAACGUUCAAAACUACAAUAUUGGUUCCAACUCUCAUUUCCAUAUUUCCACAAUCAAACGGGGAGAUGGCCGGAAAUACCCGGAGCUGGUGCUGGACAAAGAGCUAGAUCACGAGGAGCAGUCUGAGUUCAGAUUAACCCUGACAGCGCUGGAUGGUGGCUCUCCACCACGAUCUGGCACCACUCAGAUUCGUGUCCUGGUCUUGGAUGUCAAUGACAAUGCCCCUCAGUUUGAGCAGAUACUCUAUGAGGUGCAGGUCCCAGAGAACAGCCCUAUAGGUUCCCUAGUUGUCAAGGUCUCUGCUAGGGAUUUAGAUGCUGGAGCAAAUGGACAGAUAACAUACUCGCUUUUUUAUAGUUCUCAAGAGAUAGGAAAAACUUUUGAGCUAAAUAGCCUUUCAGGAGAAAUUCGACUAAUUAAAAUUCUAGAUUUUGAAACCAUAUCUUCAUACGAACUAGAUAUAGAGGCAUCUGAUGGGGGAGGACUUUCUGGGAAAUGCUCUGUUUCUAUCAAAGUGUUGGAUGUUAAUGAUAACUCCCCAGAACUAACUAUCUCAUCAUUUACCAGCCCUAUUCCUGAAAAUUCCCCUGAGACAGAAGUGGCUCUGUUUAGGACUCGGGACCGAGACUCUGGGGAAAAUGGGAGGACGGUUUGCUCCAUCCAAGAUGAUGUUCCAUUCACGCUGAAACCUUCAGUUGAGAACUUCUACAGGCUGGUAACAGAAGGAGCUCUGGAUAGAGAGACAAGAGCCCAGUAUAAUAUCACUAUUACUGUCACUGACUUGGGGACACCAAGGCUGAAAACCGAGCACAGCAUAAUAAUCCUCGUCUCGGACGUUAACGACAAUACCCCUACCUUCACGCAAACGUCAUACACGCUGUUGGUGCGUGAGAACAACCAGCCCGCCCUGCACAUAGGCAGUGUCGGUGCCACAGACAGAGACUCAGGCACCAAUGCCCAGAUCACCUACUCGCUGCUGCCAUCCCAGGAUCCGCACCUGCCCCUCGCCUCGCUGGUCUCCAUCAACGCAGACAAUGGGCAGCUGUUCGCGCUGAGGUCGCUGGACUUCGAGGCCCUGCAGGCAUUCGAGUUCCACGUGGGCGCCACAGACCACGGCUCGCCCGCGCUCAGCAGCCAGGCGCUGGUGCGAGUGGUGGUGCUGGACGACAAUGACAACUCGCCCUUCGUGCUGUACCCGAUGCAGAACGCCUCUGCGCCCUGCACUGAGCUGGUGCCCAGGGCGGCAGAGCAGGGCUACCUGGUCACCAAGGUGGUGGCAGUGGAUGGAGUGUUCGUGGUUGUGAGGCUGUGCAGGAGGCGCAGGGCGACGCCGCUGGGUGUGUAUUCGGUGCCUGAGGGCCACUUUCCUGGCCACCUGGUGGAUGUCAGCGGCACAGGGACCCUGUCUCAGAGCUACCAGUAUGAGGUGUGCCUGAAAGGAGACUCUGAGAGUAAUGAGUUCAGAUUCUUGAAGCCUAUAUUCCCUAAUAUUCUGACACAAGACUCUGGAAGAAAAUUAGAGGAUAUUCCAACCCUCCAGAAUAAUUUAGAUCAGCAAAAGAUAUAGAAGAGAUAUUUGAGAAUUCAUAUGGAGAAAACUGCUUUGUGUAACAACUCAUGAUGAAGAUAAGCCUCAUGAAUAUAAGAAAUGUGAAGAAUUCUUCCAUUUUCUUUGAUGCUGUGAAAACUCCCAAUUAACCUAAAAAUUGUGGGAAAAUCUUCAUUGACCUUUAUCCUUUAGGGCACAUGUGAGAACUCAUAUUGGAUUUAUAUUCUAUGAAUAUAAAACAUGAGAAAGUUUUUAUACUUCACUUUCCUAAUGUACACAUUAGAACUACCAUUGGAAAGAAGACAUAUGAUUAAAACUAAUGUGGGAAAGUCUUCAGCUAUUCCUUGAUAUGAAAAAGAGCCCUAUACAUACAAGAAAUAUAGGGACAUCUACAGUUU